AUGCAGGGUGAGAAGCCUGAGCAGACACGGGGGCUGUUGGAGCUGGAGAGGACCAAGACACUGCUGCCUCGGGAGAAUAGGGCCUGGGAGAAGCCAUCCCAUCCCACCUUCACCAAGGACUGGGAGGCUGUGGAGGUUGGGGCCUCAAGCUGGGACAGUGAUGAGAAAGACGUGUCUUCUCAAGAGACUGGGCUUUCCCAGGAGUGGAGUGCGGUGGAAGAAGAUGAUGAGUCAGAGGACUCCCAGGGCUUUGUAGAGUGGUCAAAAGCUCCACAACAAACAACAAUUGUCUUGGUAGUGUGUGUGCUCUUUUUGUUCCUGGUUUUAACAGGGAUGCCUAUGAUGUUUCACAUUUAA